AUGGACAGUCGUCGGCGAUCCAAUGCAAGCACUCCUGUGGAGAGUGAAUCCCCAAGCUCGGUGGACACUCCUGCCACAGAGUCUUCUGUCUUGUUCGACAAUCUUGACGAGCUGUUACGAAGACUUCCCCAAGAAAAUCAAUAUAUUCUUGUCACCGGUGGUCUGGGAUUCAUCGGAAGUCACACCACACUGGAGCUUCUCAAGUCUGGCUAUAAUGUGAUUGUUAUCGACAAUCUCAGCAACUCGUUCGAAGUUGUGUUCGACCGCAUCAAAAUUCUGGCUCAGAAAUUCCACGACACACAUGGAUCAAAAAUGCCAUCACUGCGGCUGCAUGCGCAUGAUUACCGGGAUACAUCAGCCCUCAAGGAUCUUCUCCAGGAGUACCGUCUCGCAUCGAGGUGGGGAACUCCAAAGUCGAAGAUUGCCGGUGUCAUCCAUUUUGCAGCAUACAAGGCUGUUGAGGAGAGCAUCAGACAUCCGCUGAAGUACUAUGCAAACAACGUCAGCGGUUUGAUCGAUUUUGCUUCAACGCUUGGAGACUUUGGUAUCAAGACUUUCAUCUUCUCUUCUUCGGCCACUGUAUAUGGCACCCUCGCAACUUCGGGACUGCCUUUGAAAGAGGAGCUCUGUGUGCACAGAGAGGAGGUCUACAUAGACAGCAAUGGGGAAACGCAAACUCUCCAGCCUGGGUGCACAGGAAUCACCAACCCAUAUGGACGCACUAAAUGGAUCUGCGAGACCAUCCUUGCCGAUCUUGCUGCAUCGGAUCCCGAGUGGACUAUUGUUGUCCUCCGUUAUUUCAACCCUGUUGGAUGUGAUUCGUCUGGACUUCUAGGAGAGGACCCACGACAAGCACCUACCAAUCUGCUCCCAGUAGUCGUCAAAGUGAUGACCGGUCAAUAUGCUGAACUUCAAAUGUUCGGAACCGACUGGGACACGACUGAUGGCACGGCCAUCCGGGAUUUCAUCCAUGUCACUGACCUCGCUCGGGGGCACAUUGCUGCGCUUAGCACUGCAAACGAGGGCAAGCUGGCCGAGAACUUCCGCACAUUCAACCUUGGCACGGGAUCCGGCAACUCUGUUUUGGAUGUUGUCACCACCAUGGAGUCAGUUAUCUCCAAGCCAAUUCCUCGGAAAGCCGCAGAUCGCCGCGAGGGUGACGUGGGUUCUUGCGUUGCGGUCGUUGACCGGUCUCAACAAGAGCUGCAGUGGAAGACUCAAAAGUCGCUGAAGGAUGCUUGCGAGGAUAUCUGUAAUUUCCUGGAUGUCAGUGGAUUGUCUUCAUGA